AUGAGGAAUCUGUGCAAAGAGAUCAAUAAACAAUUGAUUGCAGUUAAGAUGAAUUACUUUUUCCAAUUCUGUGUUAUCUCGGCUUUAUUCGUCUAUAUGAAUCCGAUACUCGCUACACACGGAUUGACGUCUUACCAGUUGGGGAUAACUGCCUUGUUCGCUAAUGCAUGUUCAAGUAUUUCAAGAAUAGUCUGUGGUAUGAUUGUGGAUCAUACGCGACAUCGUAAUUAUGUUUUAAUGGCUUUAUCAUCAGCAACUUUGGGACUGGUGUUAAUGAUUUUCACAUUACCAAAAUACAAAGAAUAUGUAUUCAACGGAGAUACAAAUGAGAAUGGAGAAUUUUCAAUGUAUCUACGUCUUGUCACAGAGAACAUUUCUCAGAGUGAUUAUGUAACACCACUGCCAACUGACCAAUCAGAUGUAUCGCCCUGUUGGCCAACUGCAUUAAUAGGAUGUAAAUUCAAUCGAAAUUCUAAUCUAACAAACGAUUACUACCAUUGGAAAACAUCAUCUCAGAAUAAAUUAUCAGCAGUUUAUAUCGCAAAUCAAAACUAUCCACAUAACAAGGUCGCACCAGAUGAUCAAGAAAUAAUUCAAACAAAUCGAACAAUUCAGCUUAUUUGUCAAGAUAUUGAAACAUUGAAUCAGUCUGGUUGUGCACACAUUGUCUGCGAACGUACACGUGAAGCACAAUGGACAACUGUAGUGUUCGCUUUAAUCCUCCGCUGCCUGAUGAAUUCAAUGCAUGCACCAAUUUCAAAUCUACUGGAUUCAGCGACUUAUUCAAUCCUUGGAACAAGUAAAGCUCAAUAUUAUGGAAAGUCUAGAGCAUUCGGUUCAUUCGGUUUUAUGAUUGGAGAUAUUCGUCCAGUGAAUCCUAAUUAUACACCAGCACUUGUCAUAGCCACAGUAUGCCAAGUGAUCGGUAUCAUUGCAUCAGCUUUCUGUAAUUACAGUUAUACAAAACCAGUUGAAAAACACUUUACAAGUGCUCUGACCACAGCGAUACGUUCACCAAGAAUGAUACAAUGCCUAAUGGUUGCCUUCAUGUCCGGUUUAAUUAUCUCAUUUAUUGGAGAGUAUAACUAUUUAAUACUAACUACUAUCUACCAUGUACCGCAUUAUUUUCUUGGCCUAUUGACAACGACAUCGAUUGUUGUCGAGAUCCCCACGCUGUUGUUUAUUUCAGGUCCACUAGUCAAGCGCUUCGGUAGUAUCCCGUGUCAGAUAAUCUCACAGAUUAUGUUGACUAUCCGAUUUCUAUGCUAUGCAUUCUCCAGUAAUUAUUGGUAUUUUCUAAUUGGUGAAAUUGCCUAUGGCAUCUACUUCCCUGUAUUAAUGAAUGCUUUAUUAUCACAAACGGAACAAGUGAGUUUAGAGACAAAAAUCAAUAAGAAUCAUGAUAUUCUAACAAGUUUACAAGCAAUUCUAACAAGUACAAUGUAUGGGAUAAGUAAUAGUCUAGGUGGACUGUUAUGGGGUUUAUUAUUACAAUACUUUGAAGCCACUUCAUUGUUUUAUGCAGCAUUCACGUAUACAUCGAUUUGUGCCUUGUUUUUCCCGCUUGUAGCGUAUUGUUUGAAAAUAGUGAAGUGUUAAAUGUUUCAAUAGAUGAAGCUAUCUCUCUCUUUGUACUUUUGAAUUGUCUUUCCUCCUUGUUUGUUUUGUUCCAUUCAGAAUUUUUCUUAUUUUUUGCCUUUGGAAUCAACCGAGUGUAAUACUGUAGUAAUUGUAUGGUUUUAGUGUGAGAAAUAUUUCAGGAAUAAGAGUGAGGA